AUGAAGAGAUAUAAAACCGUCAAACGGCGACAAGCACCCAGAAACUCGGUUGUUCCCCCAACAAACCCUCGCAACAAAACGCAAGACGACUCUCAGGAACCACCCAAACCUUCCAAACCACCCGCAAAUUCCUCCCUCUUGGAAAAAGUCAAGUACGCAAUGGACAUGGAAGACUUCUUCCGGCAGAAAUCCAAAUCCGCCGAGUUCCAAAUCAAAGGGCACAAACGAGAAAUCGCCUCUCUCAAAGAACAGCUCCGGCGCAAGGGCAAAGCCAUGGAGGCGCAGGACCGCAGGCUAGACAUGCUCGCAGAGGACCUCGCGGAAGCCAAGAAGCGCGCCGACGAGGCGCAGCAGAAACUCGCCGACGAAGAAGCCCGGCGCGGGAACGAGCCCGACGAGCGCCUCCGCCAGAAGCUGCAAGACAGCCAGCGCGAGUCGAAGCGGUACCGGACCGCGCUGGCCGCCGCGUUCAAGCUCGUUGACGGCUUGAAGGACAAGACGACGCUUGCGCAGCUUCUCGCGCAGACGGACCAGCAGCUCGCGGGCAGCGCGCCGGCGGAGCGAGAACCCGCAGCAGCCGGGCGUGCUGCAGCGUCAAUGAUCAGACUCGAGGACAGCAGUGACGGGGACGGCGCUGGAGGAAGCCUUGGCCGACGCCGUGUCGCCAUGCUGCAUACGCCCGUGAAGCGCGGGCGAGAGCGGUCGAGCGAAGACAGUGAUGAACAGCCGCUCACAAAGACGAGGAAGCUUGGCAAUAGAAGCUCUCGCAAAAUUGUCCUGGAUGAAUAA